AGAUACAUGCGAUGUUGCAUGGCCCCCAAGUUAGACUGUAAAGCACGUGCUAUCAAGAGACUUGACAACGGGCAUGUGUUCAUAACGAACAACCAUAACCAUCCUGCGGAUGCAGAGGAGGCCAACAUUAUGGACUUUUUGCAUGAUUUAAAGCAACUUUGCCAAAGCGGAGUGAAUAUGCGCCUAAAGGAUAUGUACAGUCGGGUCGCGGAAAGGUAUGGAUGAAAAUUGAUUUUAAUGGGUCGAGUUGACAAUCCAGAUGUUAAAAUCGGUCUAGGAGUUACGUGUGGAGGGGCCCGGGCCUCAGAAUAAAAAAUAGGUUACCUUAUAAAGCCCCAUGUGCGGUUGUUAAAAAAAUAUAUAUUCUUAUAAUGAUUUUUAUAAUGAUUAUGGAUUAAUUGGAAUUUGGGGUCUAAAGAAACAGUUUCCUGUUAUAUACCAUAAAAAAAUGUUGAAAAACUAACUACAUGUAUACUCUAAUGAAGAAUUUUAAUAAUAAAAUCGAAGUAAAAGAUACUUAUUUUAUUUAAAAUCAUCCAUGAAUUACAUUACCAAGACAAUAAUUCCCAAUAUAUACAUACGAAAAAAAAUGAAAAGGAAACAAAGCUAAAAGGAUUAGAUAGAUAUUAAAAAAACGAAUAAACACUUCUUUCCGUGUUCGAUUAUCAGAAAAAGCCUCCUUAUUCGCCUGAUUUGAGACCUUGUGACUUUUUCCCUUCCCGAAGUUGAAAAAUCACCCAAAGAGACAGUCGAUAACAUUCCAACGUUCCACGCCAUUAAUCUCAUUACUUAAUUUACACACCUCGUAUGCUGGGAAUUACUAUCUUGUCAAUCUAAUUCGGGGAUGCGUUUGAAUAGCACUUUUUUAUAAUUUCGUAACCUUCGAUUUUAUUAUUUAAAUUGUUAAUCCAUGUACAUGUAGCUUUGGUUUUUUAAACAUUCUUUUUCUGUUCCGAAACAUCGGCGACUUCAUAACAGGAAACAGGGUUUCUUUAGAUACCAAAUUCCAAUUAAUCGCAAGGAUUGGUUGGCUUACUAGAUAUCGAGACGCCAAAUAAACAUACAGUGUCAAUUCGACUCGAUCAGAGUUUUAUUCUACUCAGAAGUGGGAUUUGCAGUUACCCGAAUGAAGCCAGAGUGAAGAGCUACGAUAACAUGAGGUCGUCGAUGUCAAGAUGGAAGAAACAAGCUCGGCUUACAGAUGCUCCCACAGAUAUAAAGGCUGAGGAUCUGGUGCAAGCAAUAAAAAGGAAACAGGACAUGCCAAGAUAUAUCGUCGAUGGAUUUGUUUUUCACGUGAAUAUCACUAAAGGAAACCCGCCUAUGAUCUAUUUGCGAUGUAUGGAAUACAAGCGCCUUGGGUGCCAUGCGAGAGCUGCCAUGCCUGCAACCGGAACUAUUCAGGAUAUAAAAGUGCUGAAACCUCACAACCAUCCACCGGACUACGCUGCCGAAGAGAAGAUUGUCUUCGUGAGGGAACUCAAAACGGUGGCACUGAAGAAUCCCAACGUACCCAUUCGGACUAUUUAUACUACUCUAUCAGAAGUAUAUCCAAAUGCUGCUAGAGAGCUACCAUUCGAAAGAAUUCGUUACAAGAUGACUCGUUGGAAGAGAUCUCAAGAUUAAUAUAGGAUUUUUUAAUAUCUAGCAUUUUUAUUACGUUUCAUGUUUUUCUGAUAUCUGUUAUGUUUGUGGAUGUGUUCAUGUCCGUUUUUUUUUUAUUUUCUCGUUUUGCAUGUUAUGUUUUGUUGGUAUUAUCGAUUGGAAACAAUCUUUUUUUUACCAAGCAUGAAUUAUUUAUUUGCAACCGAAAGUUUACGUUCCCUCGAUUUUUUAAAAUUCC